GAGGCGGGGCCAGCUCGGGCGGCGGCGAGAGCGGCUCAGGCAGCUCGGUGCUAGCCGGGGAGGGUAGAACCCGGAGCGGGGUCGGAACGCCGGGCAGGCACUGAGAGGGCGGGCGCGGGGCUCGGACCGGCUGCAGGAUGUUCAGCUGGAUGGGGCGGCAGGCGGGCGGGCGCGAGCGCGCGGGAGGCGCGGACGCGGUGCAGACGGUGACUGGCGGCCUGCGCUCGCUCUACCUGCGCAAGGUGCUGCCGCUGGAGGAGGCGUACCGCUUCCACGAGUUCCACUCGCCGGCGCUGGAGGACGCCGACUUCGAGAACAAGCCCAUGAUCCUGCUGGUGGGCCAGUACAGCACGGGCAAGACCACCUUCAUCAGAUACUUACUGGAGCAAGAUUUCCCAGGCAUGAGGAUUGGUCCAGAGCCCACCACCGAUUCCUUCAUCGCUGUGAUGUACGGGGAGACUGAGGGCAGCACCCCAGGGAACGCUCUAGUCGUGGACCCCAAAAAGCCAUUUCGAAAGCUUAGUCGCUUUGGAAAUGCUUUCCUGAAUCGAUUCAUGUGCUCCCAGCUGCCCAAUCAGGUCCUGAAGAGCAUCAGCAUCAUCGACAGUCCCGGCAUCCUAUCUGGGGAGAAGCAGCGCAUCAGCCGAGGCUAUGACUUCUGCCAGGUCCUGCAGUGGUUCGCGGAGCGUGUUGACAGGAUCAUCUUGCUCUUCGAUGCUCACAAACUGGACAUCUCAGACGAGUUCUCGGAGGCCAUCAAGGCCUUCCGGGGCCAGGAUGACAAGAUCCGCGUGGUGCUGAAUAAGGCUGACCAAGUGGACACUCAGCAGCUGAUGCGCGUCUACGGGGCCCUCAUGUGGUCCCUGGGCAAGGUCAUCAACACGCCCGAGGUGCUCCGCGUCUACAUCGGCUCCUUCUGGGCACAGCCCCUACAGAACACUGACAACCGCCGCCUCUUCGAGGCCGAGGCCCAGGACCUCUUCAGAGACAUCCAGAGCCUUCCCCAGAAGGCGGCCGUGCGCAAACUCAACGACCUCAUCAAGCGAGCGAGGCUGGCCAAGGUACAUGCCUACAUUAUCAGCCACCUGAAGAAGGAGAUGCCGAGUGUAUUCGGAAAGGAAAACAAGAAGAGAGAGCUUAUCAGCAGAUUGCCAGAAAUCUACCUUCAGCUGCAGCGAGAAUACCAGAUUUCUGCCGGGGACUUCCCAGAAGUCAAGGCAAUGCAGGAGCAGCUGGAGAACUAUGACUUCACCAAAUUCCACUCGCUGAAGCCCAAGCUGAUCGAGGCGGUGGACAACAUGCUGAGCAACAAGAUCUCGUCCCUGAUGAACCUCAUCAGCCAGGAGGAGAUAAGCAUGCCCACGCAGCUCGUGCAGGGCGGCGCCUUCGACGGCACCACCGAGGGCCCCUUCAACCAGGGCUACGGGGAGGGCGCCAAGGAGGGCGCCGAUGAGGAGGAGUGGGUCGUGGCCAAAGACAAGCCCAUCUACGAUGAGCUCUUCUACACCCUGUCGCCCAUCAACGGCAAGAUAUCCGGUGUCAACGCCAAGAAGGAGAUGGUGACGUCCAAGCUGCCCAACAGCGUCCUGGGCAAGAUCUGGAAGCUGGCCGACUGUGACUGUGACGGCAUGCUGGACGAGGAGGAGUUCGCGCUGGCCAAACACCUCAUCAAGAUCAAGCUCGAUGGCUACGAGCUGCCCAGCAGCCUGCCCCCCCACCUCGUGCCCCCCUCCCACAGGAAGUCCCUGCCGAAGGCCGACUGAGUUGCAGGCUGCUCUCAAGGCAGGCAGUGGGCGGUAGGGAUUGGGGGGCCCGGGCCUGAGGCCCAUGCUGCCACUGACUCACUGACCCUGACCACGGCACUGCCCUCUCUGGGCCUCGGUUUCCCCACCUGUGGAAUGAGGCGGGCAGACACGGGACACUAGAUGUGAGGUUCUUUCACCUCUAAAAUUCCCUGGGUUUCUAUUAAAAUAUUGGGAGGAGGGGGUGGAUAAGGAGAUUGAAGGGUUGAGAAAAAAGAGAAAUUGACCAGAGUACUUGGCAGCCUGGAGAGACAUAGACAUGGAGGCAGGCUGUAUAGAAUCCCACAACCGUAGGGAGUCAGCCGGGGGCUCUUCCAGAACCGGCGAGCCUGGGCUGCACUGGGCCACACAGCAUCAUGCACCUGCCUUGGCUCCUAUGUGUCCCUUAGAGGGUACCAGAAGGGAGCAAAGUUGAUCUUAUUUAUUUUGUUUCCUGCUGUAUUGAGAGUGGAAAACAAUAGAGCACAGAAGGUUUCUAUUCUCUCUAGGCCAUCUACCAAAGAGAAGACUGCUGCCCCCGGGUCGUGCCUAUGUGGGCCCCCGUCCCUCCUGCAGGCUCGAGCAGGACAGGCAGCCAGGCCAGCAGAGAGCAUCUGUGAUACACAGCACCCCCCUGACUAACCCACCCAGAGCUCCCCCCACCCCGGACCCUUCCCAGUUGCAUUUGGUUAGGAAUUUGGAACUCAGAACCUUUACUAGCCCCUGGCAAGAUUUCUAGUAUUCAAGCCAUGUUGAAGUCUGAAGGUUGGCUUUUCUUACUAGUCUGUCCCAUAAUUUGUAGCAAAGUCUAUUUAUCAUAUUCAAAUGACGGUAAAGGAAAGAGGUGGUUCUCUGCAGUCGUCAAUGUGGUGACAUGUCCCCAAGGCUCCUUGGUCAAUGGCAGGAUUUAAAUUUAAACCCAUGUCUCAGUGCCGGCAGUGUGCUGGGCCUAGGGACUCAAGGGGAACACAAGGCGAGCCCGCCCCAGGCUGUCAGGUAGAAAAGGUCAUUCUCUAGCUUUAGACACUAUUUUUAUUUAAAAAAAAAAAAAAAAACAGGCAUUUUUAUUAUGUCCAGUUUUUCUUUCUUACAGGAAAAGCCUUUUAUACAGAAACAGGACAGAGUCUUUCCUAUGAAACCUUUUCUUCAAAAGGCGGUGAGGGUCAUACCAUGCAUGCCCAUCACCAGGCAAGACUUGGUUCCGAGUGUUCUCUGAGUCUCGGUAUAAGGCUCUCUGGUCCACUCGCUCAGGUGCCCGUCAGAUGGAGGUGGAGGCAGGUAACACUCAUUUGACCCUUCCCUCCUCUGUGGGCAGCAGCCUGGGGACUCACGUCAUUAUUAUUUAUGUGAUACAAAAGAGAGGCACAAAAUGGUGAUGGCCACAUGGCAUCGAAGUGAAGGAAAUAACAGUCUCGCCCGAGCCUUCCAAAAACCACAUUUUUUUCCUUUUCUGAUAUCACCUGUGACAUCAGGGUCAGAAAUGCAGACAUAAGAGAAAAUUUUUAUUUGGGGGAAGCUUUUGUUCAGAUACCGGUUCUCACACUCUCUAGUUUAGUUUCUAAAUAAUGUCACUUUAAGAGAAGUAAAUUCAUAAUAUGAUUUUUAAUCUUAAUGAGCACUUUUAAAUUAAUUUUAAGUUAAUCAGAAACAUAGCAAAGAAAGAUUUAUGUCAGUACUGUAAUAUAAGCAGACGGUUUGGUGCACGCAUGAGGACUGCCCAAGUAUGUACCCACAAGGGAGUCCUCCAAAGGGCAAAACAGUGAAGAAGAAAGAAGUCAUUGGCCCAAAGGUUUGGAGAUGCCGCGUUAGCUGAUUUUCCAUUCAGAAUUAUCCUGCUCCUUUAAUUCUUCUCGUCAUAUAUGAGGAUAUAUAUACAUACGUAUGCCACAUGAGUAUGUAUUCUUGAUACUUGUCAAUGUGUGUAUGUGCAGAUAUGGCCAAUUUUGUCUAUGCAGGGACAACUAGGAAAGCUUUUAGCAGACUGAGGUUUCUGCUUUCUACAGGGAAGGAACCUUCUCGUGGUGUUGUGAUCGCCGCCCCCACGCCGUCAGGGGCAGAACAUUUGGCAGCUGCUUCCUUUCCCUGAGAAAGGAAAAAAAUUAAAAAAAGGAAAUCACACGCCCAUUUUUCUUAACAUCUUCUCUUACAACAUGAAGUCAUUCAUCAUGAAAAGCUGAUUGGAAAGAAAAGCCCUGGAAAACCUCAGGGAUGGCUGCCAAGGAUGAGGACCCGUAUGUUCCCAGGACCCGCACAAAGUUCCUUGAGUCUGUGUCCAAAACACCCCUUAUCCUGCCUCCCUGUGAGCAGGGCUGGGGGACAGCAGAGCCCUCUAGAAUUCCGUUCACACUGCCCGACAGCCUUGCCCUCCGCCUACCACCCCAAUUUUCAAAGGACCCCCUCGGCCGAGGGUUUGCAGCUGGGCAGAAGGGGGGAGGUAGGUAAACAGCACUGUGAGACCCUCCAUGCUCUCCACAGUUCCACGGAAGAAGAUCUAAGAAUCCUGAAUCUGUUUUCCACACAGCGCCUGGUACCAUGUAACAAACCUCCACAGCCUUGAGUUUAGGGGGGAAAACAAUUUCAGCCUCCCCUUCCCAGAGUCAGCUUGCAAGCUGUAAGCCUGCUAAUGAGGCCCUCCUGAACUGAUCCACAAGGAACGUUGGACCGACACAUCUCAAAACCCUCCAGUUUCAUGGCGACAUGCAGACGUCCAAACUGCUCCAGCCUCACACUCUCCAGCCCAGCGUGGUGCACGGAUUGCUUCCUCGCCCGCACACUGGGAUGGCCCAGGGGUCACCCUGCAAUGGGGAGGACCAUUCAUGUCACUGCCUUUCUCUGGCCCGGGUUCUCCUCGGAGCACUUGUCAGAUUUGGAGCUGUGGUUCCUCCCGCAGGACUGUGGGCCUUUGAGGAGUUAAAUUCUGUAUCAUGGGGACUGGGUGUCCAGGCGGGUCAAAGACUGUGUGUGGAGAAGCCAGUGCCUCCUGCCUUCCCUUGAACCCCUGCCCUGAGUAGCAGCCCACAGGGGAAGCCUCCGCAGAGCCCUGGCCCCACUGCCCCUGACCACAGCCCUCUGCCAUGCUAUGCUGGGUGUCCUGAGGAGCCGCCUGCCCGCCACACCAGGAAUGUCUUCCACUGCAGCCCACUGCCCGGCGUGGGGCUUAGCCACCGGAGUCACGGCCUGACAGCCACCACUGCGGCCUCCCCACCUGGUGCCCUUACACUCCUUCAUUAGGCCCAGAGCAAUACGCCAGGCAAAUUGCCUUGAGGAGAAGGAAAGCGGUUAACAGAGGCGCUGUGUACUUCCUCUGCGGAAUGUAGCAGACAAAUAACAUUCUUAGGACAGAUAACCACUGAGUUUAUUCAGGUAAACGUGGGCCUAAUUUAAGAGUGUAUCAGUUACAUGUCCAUUAGCCAAUGCAGUUAAUACACCAUGCUUCUAUUUUUUUGUAAUCUUGUUUAGAAAUUCCGAACAAUCUAUUGAUCAAUAAACUUCUGAAAAAUGUA